CUUAAGUAAUUAACAAAUUAAUCUCUGCCUCCCUCUCUCUUAUUCCUAAUCCAUCUAUAUAUAUACGUAGAUGUAUAUAAUUGUGCAUACACAGAAAUAUUAUAGAGAAGAAAAUCAAUUAUGGUAAUGGGGUUUAGAAUCCAAGCCAAGCUCCGGCAAGCUCUUGGCUCGGUCAAGGACCAUGCAGCCAUCGGCAAGGCCAUGAUAUACAGCACUACUGGUCAAUACGACGGCAAAGAUUUUUCAGAAAUAGAGAUCGCAGUCCUCCGUGCCACCGGCCACGAUAAUGGCCCGAUCGACGAUAAACGUAUGCACGAGAUUCUCUUUCUGGUUUCCAACAGUCCCUCGCCGGCUGCCUCCGUCGCAUUUCUCGCCGAACAGCUCUCUCGCCGGCUCGCCAAGACCAAAGACCCGCUAGUCGCCCUCAAGACUCUUCUGCUUAUUCAUCGUCUCCUCCGCGGCGGCAACCGCUGCUUCGAGCAGCAGAUCCGCAGCGCUCAUGUCUCUGGCCAUCUCCAAAUCAUCACCUACCAUCAAAAUCUUGAUGAUGAUCAUCAUCUCCUUGUUGCUUUCCUCCAAAAGUAUUCAGCUUAUCUGGAACAGCGAGUGGGUUGGCUCAUCAAUCAAGCCGGGAAGCUCGAACCAGCUGCUGCUCCUUCUGCUGAUCUCAUCCCUCAAACUCAAUUCAGAUCAUCCCACGAUCAUAACAACUACAUCAACAUGGUCUUCCGGAGAUUACCCAAGUGCCAAGAAUUCUUAGAAACCGUCUUGAACUGUUCGACGCCAAUAUUAUCAUUUACUUCCUUGCCUUUCCACCAGAACUCGGCGGCGCAAGCGGCCAUGAGCAACACCUUGAAGGAGAGUUUCCAAGUCUACGUGACGUUUUACGAAGGCGUCACGGCUUUACUUAAUAUGUUCUUCGACCUGACAAGGCCCGCCAAGGCUUUAGCCUGUGAGAUUCUCAAGAAAGCCGCUCGACAAACCCAACAACUUGACGAGUUUUACCAGAGAUGCAGAAAGGUUGUCCAUAACAAAAGUUUGGAUUACCCCUCGCUACAAGUCAUCUCCAUGGAUCAUGUUCUGGCAUUAGAGCAUUGCUCUAAUAUUCCUCCGGCACCUGCCACCAUACUUUCCGAUCACCAGCUUCACUACUCAACAACUAAUAAAUUCCCAGGUAGCGUAAAUAUCAUUCCCGAUGAUAUAAAUAACGCGAGUUAUGAUUCCAGUACUGGUUUGGAUUUUAGUUUCUCGUCUACUGCUACUCUUUUUCCGUGUACGCUGGAUACCAAGAUUAGCAUGGUGUGGGUUGUGUUCGAAGAUGAUGAUGAUGAUAAUCAUCAGAAGGGAUUAUUGCAUCCUCCCCACGAAAAUGGUGAGUGAAGUAGCAUCAAUGAUCCAUCAUUAUGAAUACUUGUCCUUUUGUUUAAAGAAUUCAAUGAAUGCUUACAGAA